AUGUGGUCUUCCUCCGCGUGUGGACGUAGGCUAUACUAGACCUCGAGGCCUUGCAUAAGACUAAAUCAAACGCAUGUCAUGGCUCUCCCCCUUUAGUUUGGGGUUAUAUUUGUUAAGUUCUCCGUUGAACUGAUAUAGAAAUUAAAGUCGAUAUCUUAUCUAAUCGUUCAGUAUUACAUUUGGGCGUUUGUAACCGGACACCGCACUGGAGCUAACCUCCUCGUUUUGCGCGGAGGGAUACUAUAAUCGGACUGACAAUGUGGAGGUUGCUAAAAUGUCUACUCUGAGGCUGAAAUGGUUACAAUUGUAGCAGCCGUAAGAACGAUUUAGCACUCGGAAUAAUUGUGUAUUCGGCAACAUUGUUAUUGCUAUUGUUGCUUGGACUCUGCGCACCCUGGAAUAAAGGAAAGGCAAAGAUAUCAUUCGGCCAAUUUUGGGGCUCUAGAGCACGGGAGGGGGAUUCUCCUCAACUUUAUGUUUUUCUUUCUGCCGAGAACACUAUCCUCUCCUGUUGGAUGCAAGACUUCUGAAGAGCAAAGGACUAGUCUAGUCUCAGUGGCUGAGUGAGUGUGUGCGGUGAGACCAGAGGCUUCAUUCCAAUGGCUGCCGUGGGAACGGACAAAGAACUCAGCGACCUGCUGGACUUUACCGCGAUGUUUGAGGUACCUAGUGUUGGUGGGAAGAUCAGAACGCUCGGAGAAGAACGCACUGGAAACAGCUCCUGGGCCCCGGGGGAUCAGAAUGGCACCGCCUUCAAUCAGCCACGGGGCUACUCUGAGCCCACCUACAGUGAUCAUGAUGGAAUCCUCCAGCCGUUUGGGACUCCUGGAAUAGGAGGUAAAGAGAGGUAUCCCUUUGGCAUGCAGGCUGGAAUGAUGUGUGGGGAUAUGCCCAUGCCUGGGACAGAUACUCACUCCAACUCUGGGCUCAAACCAGAUUCUCAGUACCACCAGGGCUAUUCUCGCAGACGACCCACCGACGAACCCAUUGACUCUCAACCUAAGAAGAGGAAGGUGCCUGGACUCCCCUCUUCAGUGGUGUACCCAACGUCAGGGGAGGACUACAGCUCUGAUGGCGCAGGAUACCCCACUUCCAAACCAGGCAGCGUGUACCCCUCACAGUACUACCUGACGGAGGGCAUGAUGGAUUCGUGGGGACAAAGCGGGUACCCUGCCGGACUCCUGCAGAACUCACCCCACAUCGCCCAGCAAGCCCCCUUCAGUGCGGCCAACCCACAGGACAGACUGCAGAAGAGGCAGCCACUGGCCAUCUCUCCCCAGAACUACCCACUGCAGGCCGGAGACAUGAACGGCUACCACUCCGGCCCCUCCGCUUAUGGCCCACCCAACGGAGCAGACGGCAUCAUGGCUAACAGAGGUGCUGCUCCAGGGAGCUCAGGUGAUGAGAUUGGGAAGGCGCUGGCAUCGAUCUAUCCAUCGGAGAGCAACGGUGCCAGUUUCCCCUCAACUCCCCCGACUCCAGUGGGCUCCGUGGGCUCUCCUCAGGCCAUUGCAGCCUCUCAGUGGUCGAGGUCCUCUGCCCAGGCGACCCCGUCUCCCAGCUUUGAGGGCGGCAUGCAGGCUAAAGUGGGGGACAGUCUGGAGGAGGCUCUGACGGUGUUGAGAGGUCAUGCUGUGGGGGCGCCGGGCGACCUGGUCAACCUCCUGAGCUCCGCCGGCGGCUCCAGCUCCACCUCCAGCCUCCUCACGCAGGCCUUCAACCUUGCCGGACGCAUGCUGCCCAUUCACCAUGAGGACGGAGCCGGCAUGACACCUAGUGGUCCCCUCCUGCAUGGUCACCACAACCCUGGAGCUCCCCAAAGCUCCCAGCCUGAGGGCUUCAAUGGUGGUCUGCUGCGCACCAGCCACUCAUCCAGCAGUCUGGACAUCAAGCGCGAGGACAAGGAGGAUGACGAAAACUCUUCCCUCAACGACAAGUCCGAGGACGAGAGGAGAGAUGCUAAACUUGCCCGCUCCAGAACUAGAGAUCAACCCUUCACCCUACACAGCAACUCUGCCCAGUCAGACUCAGGAGCUGAUAACGAGGACGACGAGGACCUCCCUCCGGAGGUGAAGGUGGAGCGGGAGAAGGAGCGGCGCCAGGCCAACAACCAGCGGGAACGCCUGCGUGUGCGCGACAUCAACGAGGCCUUCAAGGAGCUCGGCCGCAUGUGCCAGCUCCAGAUGCGCCCCGGCCAGGACAAGCCGCAGACCAAGCUUCUGGUGCUGCAGCACGCCGUGCAGGUCAUCCUCAACCUGGAGCAGCAGGUCCGAGAGAGGAAUUUAAACCCCAAGGCAGCCUGCCUGAAGCGUCGAGAGGAGGAAAACCCCGGCAACCACAUGUGACACUGAGGUUGUCUUCAAGAGACAGAGCAGCUGUGGCCUUAAUGACAGCAAUCAUCUCAGCCAGCAGACAUGCAUCUACACUGCCCCAGUGUGUGUUAGAGUACACGUACACGUACACACACACACACACACACGGAAACGCACACACACACUUUUGUUCAAAACUGACACGUUGACCAUACCCCUGAGUAGAUGUAUACACUGACCAUUGAGUGCACCUGCAAGUGCUCAUACUGGCAUACACAUAGAUAUAAACACACACACACACACACACACACACACACACACACACACACACACACACACACACACACACACACACACACACACACACUCUAACUAUGGCCCAGUGGCAUAUUGGUGUCCGUUGCCCACUGCAGAAAAUGACUCUAUCUGAGAGACUCCAGCCACACCGGAGGAAGACUUUACGGAUCAGUUUUUAUCUGAUAUUUUUUUAUGAAAUCUAAAACAAAAAUGUUGCUUACUUAAUGGAAGCAAGACACAAAAAAAGAAACUAACAAAAAAAACAGGACAUUCUGAUCUUUUGGAAACAGAACAAGUAGAGUGGACGUGGCUCCUAGAAGAGGGAGCACCACCAUCAAAGCAGCAGAGGGGACUGUCUGUGUGUGUGUGUGUUUGUGCAUUUGGGAUUGUAACGAGUCUGACUGGCGUAGUAAAUUGUGUUAUGGCAUCCAAACAUCCAUAGAGACAGACAGACACACAUACACACCUCCCCCUCCCCUCGAAGGUCGUCACUGCAAUGUGUGUUACACAGAAGUGAGGAGGGGGUCUUUGGACUGCUUUUGGAUUGGAUGCAGGCCAGGCCUCCCCCUCGAUGACAUAAACCCUCCUAGAAGCAUCUAGAACAACCCCCACCCCAAGAGCCACACGUCCCCAGGCCAUCUUUAAGGCCCAUCCACACCAAGAAGAACUAUAACCAUAAAGGCAACUUUACUUAGAAACAAUAUGAACGUCCACACUGGCCAAUGAUAAAGAGGGUCUGUCCAGAAUAUUCACCCGGUUCAUUAAUGUGAUUUGAUGGAUUUUGAUUGGCUGUCAGGUUUCUAUCGCUCUAAAAUUGAAAAUCCAAUUAUGUUUUCAUGUUUUUUUUGUUCCAGUAUGUGGUGUGGACGUAGUUCUAAUUAGUUAAAGCGAUACUUUAUACUAAGCGAUACUAGUUUUUACCGGUCUCAUUAUCGCUACAGUUGUGACUAGUGGUGUGGAUGGGCCUUGAGCCUAAGGUCUGGACUGCUUAGCGUCGAGUGUGUGGAUGAGGCCCAUGGGGUUAGUCGGCUCCUCAAGGCUGUGAGCGAGACCGUAGCCACAAAUUACCCUUCAUUUAACCGGACAAACAAAAGCAUGUUACAGGGACUGGCCUCUUACUUCAGCUCAAAUAAGUGAGAAUCCAUCUCCUAGGUCAAGAAGGAAAUGUUGCCGUAGCAACUCAGGUGGCCACGGGUGCUGAUGCAGUUUUUGUUGCAUGUUGGCAGAGAUAGGUUUCGCCAAGGCAACGACUGCACUGUUGCUGUCACCAUGACGACGAGGCACACCCUCCCCUUAUAUUGUAAAAUUUCAGUAAGACCUGAAUUGUUAACUUACGACAAGAAGCAGUAGGACUUAAUGGUAGUUGUACUCCUUAUCUGCUUGUGUGCUUAGAUGGCAUGAUGUAUGGAGGAUUUGAGGGCGUUUAUUUGCUUGGGGUUAAGAGGAAGGAGAGCUGAACUCCCUCCACCAUGUGAAUGGAUGGACUAGGUCAGAGUGCCGCCUCUGUGCAGCCCAGCUUAGAGAAGAGAAGAGAGUAGAAUAUCUUUUCUUUUGUGUUCAUUUCUUUUUCAUUUCUUUCGAACAAUUUGCAAAAGGGUUUUUUUAUGAGUGGACCCAAUAUGUGUAUGUAACUUGAUUACAAUUUGUACUUUGUAUUUCCCCCCUUUUUUUAUACAAAUAUUCUUUUUCUCCAUGUUUGUGAGUUAACUUUCUGAUUGUUUUUUUAUGAACUACAUUUGUUUAAAAUGUAAUGUGUAAAGGCUUGUAAGGAUGCCAGAACAAAAUGUGUUCCUCUUUGCUCUUGCUGUUGACUGGUGACCGACUGGCCAGUCUAAAGGGACGAACCUCAUUAUUAGAAUCUAACAUUUGGAAAGGAACUAGUACAGUACCAGUACAGUCAGACCUUUCCACAGAAUAGCAGUAGCACUGUUUUGCGUUUGGUUUGAUUUGCGUUUGAACUAAUUGCCCCAGCAUAUUAAGAUGUCAACCCCCAUGUCCUCCCCCUGCCCCUAAAGCAACAGUAAAGUAGGUUGUUGGCACAUUGCCGUAAUGCUUAAAAUAAAUAAAUGCCCCUUUUAUUGGGUUUAAGGUGAUCCCAGCACGCGUCUGAGCUGUGUGUGUGAAGCAGAGAGAGAGAGAGAGAGAGAGAGAGAGAGAUCCAUCUUGCCCUUGUCUUUUGCAAAGGACAGGAUGCUUUUCUGAGUUCAUCCCUAGAGGCAGUGCUGUAGCCUCAGCAGGGGGAAUUGUGUCUCUUUUUUGGAAGGGGCGGUGGUGUGGCUCUUUAGGGGUCAGUCAGACCCCUGAGAAGAAACUUACUGACUGGACAGAACAGGAGGAGGAUAUGGCCUUGAUCUAUAUUAUCGACCUGCCGGGUCAGCUCAGACUCGUAUCAGAGGCAGACAGGCUCCUUCUCCUCGCUCUUCUGACUUCUGUUCUGGAGUGGAAUCAGAGAGUGGACGUUUACCAGUGCCUCUAAUUCUCUCAUUUCAGCUCAGUUUUGCUUCCCCCCCCCCUCUUUUCCGUUUGUUUUGUGGGGGUGGGAUGGGGAUAGAUCAAAUAUUACACUGUUGUUGAUGAGGAUGAUUCAGAACACAUUUCAUAGCUUCAGUGAGCUGGAGUCAUCGAAGAAAGACACAGAUUUCAAUCCGCUUCUUUUCUUACUUUUUGAUGAAUUGAACAAUGGUGUUGGCAGCAGAAUUAGAAUUGGUUUUAAGAUGUUAAAUGUUAAAAGCACAAAGUAAAAAGAAAAAAAUCUCAGAACAAUCCAUGGUUCAGUGUCACUUGCAGACUGCUUUGGGUCCGAGCAUAGUCGCCAUAUCCCAGACAAAUAAGUUAAUUUCAGUCCCCCAUUAAAGUGAAAAGAGUCCUGAUCAGCUUCUAAAUCAGUCACUAGCUGCAGUCCUCAAUUUAACAAAUGUCAGCUUUUAUUCUUACACCGCUUUCAUGACUAUCAGGUAUAGUGUUCUUUGACUAUAAUCACAUUUAGAGGCUGUGUUGGUGGUAUACCUUCCCAGAUGACCUUUUUCCUUUAACCUUUUAGCCUUCCACAUUAUUACUGCUGGGAAAAGGCAGCCCUCUACUGGCAGUUUAGUAUACUGGAUAAUACCACAUCAACAGAGGGUACACCUUUCCCAAGUUACUCCUAAAGCCAUCAUCAGUCUGAACAGUGUUUGACUCUUUCAAUUGUUUAUUAACGCCUCUGAGAAUCAUCAUGCUGGUUUCUUCCUAAAGCUGGCCGACAUUCUCAUAUCUCACUAUGUCAUGUUUUGCCAUCCCGUUGUGUCCCUAGGGGCACAGAGGGGAGGGGGAGAACCUCCUCCCUGCAAUAUAUUUCCCAACAGGAUUGGCUGUAGAAAGGCAUAUGUGCUCUCUUGUGUGGGUGUGACAUGAAGGACACCACUUGUACCUGCAUGGCCGACCAUACCAUCCAAUCAUCUCCGUACCCUAAGACACACUGCAAGUUAAAUCUGCGGUCUCUCUUAUGCAUUGGGGACAGAAUACAAUAUAUGUGUCCUCACAGUGCCUCUAGGCGGACUCUUUAAAAAUGUAGUUAUUGAGAACAUUCAUGUAUAUAACGUAGCAAUAAAAGUGCCAUUUUUAAUAACAGAAAUAUACAUUUUUCAAUGUCUGUCUUUUGGAACUUGUAUACCUGAAUAAAAAGAAAACAAUGUAAUAAAGUGUUUAAAGUAGA